UAACUGCGUAUACCGUAAUAUGGUAGUAUGAUAUGUGAUAUGUGGCUCUCAGCGAUAACUGGAUCCCCAGGCCCUACAGUAAAAUAAUAAUUCUGGCGUAGGAAUCCUUCGACUGCCGUCUUUAUGAAAUUCUCAUUCCUUCUCCUCUGUACAUAUACCACUCACUCACAGCUAGGUAGAAACGAAUACAGGUUCAAAUUCCGAAUCUCGGAGAAUUAGGGCAAAAACCAGAACCAACGAUCUGUUUUUUCUUAUCUCCCAGUUCGUACCUUUUUUUUUUUCUUUUUGGGGGGAGCGGGGUACCGACGAAGGAAUUAAGGAUGGGGCGGAGGAAGGUGGAGAUUAAGAAAAUCGAGGACAAGAACAGCAGGCAAGUCACGUUUUCCAAGCGGAGAAGCGGACUGAUGAAGAAAGCCAAGGAACUUUCCGUUCUCUGCGACGUGGAUGUUGCUGUCCUCAUCUUCUCUGGUCGCGGCAAGCUCUACGACUUCUGCAGCACCAACAGUUUGGCCAAGAUCCUACAACGAUAUCGCAACUACGCAGAAGCAGAAGACGGGUCUGCAAGAAUUAGCGGCGUAGAGAAACGUAACCCUGAAGGCAGAAAUGUCGUGACAAUCAGAAAGCUGCUGGAAAAAGUUGAAAGGGAUCUAGAGGAGCCAGAUGUUGACCACCUUAACCUGAGUGAACUAGUGCAAUUGGAAGAACAACUUGAAGAUGCACUCAUUCAAACAAGAUCUAGGAAGACACGAUUACUGAUGGAAUCAAUAACCAGUCUAAGUGAAGUGGAAAAGAUGCUGAGGGAAGAAAACAAGCUUCUGCAAAAUAAGGUAGCUGCAGGUACAUCCAAUGAGAAGAGGAAUGACUUGAUCCUUGAAUUUGGGGACCUUACACACGUUGGAAUGAUUUCUGGGCAGCGACAGGCUAUGCUUGAACUACUUUAAGAGUAGAAGAUAGUGAGACAAGCCAGUUUGUGCCUUUCUGAGUGCUCCAAGGGAAAAUAUACCCGUUAAGGCAAUGUGAUCCUACUAUACAACUCUUCAUAAGCAACUUUUUAUAACUUGGUUUUGCGUCUGACAUCACUCCGCUUCAUAACAUGAGAUUGAAGUGGGGUACGUUCUCCACUUGCAUUGUUCUGUCACAUGCUAACCCAGGUUUCUGAUUAAGCAAAAGAGAAUGAAUCUUAAAGCAAAGCAGGUUGCCUGCAAGUUGGUCA